AUUAUACAAAUAUAUUGACUGUGCCGACUGCCACAUCGCACCAGUGAUAAUAUACGCGUAUUCAUGAAGAAACUCCGGCACCUUUCACAAAGGCCCCAUCCUGGCAUUCAGGCGUUUCCAAGACGACAAUUGAAUUUGAUACCACACCGGACGAUAUGGGCCUAAUGGCCUCCUCUCCUUCGUACAAUUUUGUAAAUUAGGAAUUAGAGUUAAAUUCAUAGUUUGUAUUUCUCACUCGUAAAAUACAAAGAACUGAUACAUUUUAGGUGGAACAUUACACGGCGGAACAUUUGUAUAAGCUUCUGUUUCCAAUUUUCUUAGGGGGGAAUAAUAAUACUGUUGCACAGUUUUUUUUGUAAUAGGCACAGCCGAAGCUUUGAAGGCAGUCUGGAAAGAGGCAGGUUUCGAUAUUGUUUAUAAUAUUUUAAAAGGAAAAUCCAACGUUGCUUGUGUGUCGCUCUCUAGUAUUAGUGGGAACUAAACGGCUUUCGGAAGACUUCUUGUCAAGGUUGGGAUAUCGUUUGACAGAAGAGAUAGCACGACAUGAUGCAAGCAUUCGCUAAGUUCAGGAACCAUUGACAGUGUUUCCCGAUCACGUAAUACGUUAAAAAAAACCAACAAAAAAACGUAACAGAAGAAGGUUACUAGUGUUUAUAAUGUCGUUUGUUUGAUUGGAAUGAUACUCCCUCUAAGCAGAACUUGUUGUGGUAAACAUCUUGUUGUUACUAGUGACGUAGAGAUUGGAUUUCAAUACCACCAACACAGAGAUGCCUGGGCUGGUGGCGUUCGGGAGGCGCUGGGGUAUUGCAAGCGACGACCUAGUGUUCCCAGUUGUCUUUGAACUGUUCAUUCGGGUGAUAUGGUGGAUUGGUAUGUUGGUUCUAUACGUCAAAAAUAAAGGGCAGUUCGUGUGCACCGGGGGAGGGUUACUGCACAGCUACCUGAUCGUUCUUCUUAUUAUCCUGUCUGUAAUCAUACUCGCACUGUCUGCGAUUGUGUAUGUCAGUAUGCAAGGUACCAUCACAAACCCUGGUCCCAGGAGGUCUAUCCCUACCCUCAUCUAUGUCCGCACCCUUCUGUAUGUGCCUGAGCUAUGCUGGGCCGUCUUAGGAGCUGUGUGGGUGUCCGAUGACAGUCCAGGCUGUGAUAAAUCUGUGGUGAACGCAGUGAUUGGGGCAGUGGUGGCGAGCUGGAUCAUCCUGUUCUUCACUGUGGUCGCUGUGUUGAUUGUGUUUGACCCGCUGGGCAGUAAAAGGCAGGGGUACCUCGACAGCCACGGGGAUCACGACCUGGAGAGCAGCGAGUCAGCUCAGCUGAUGUACACGGCACGCUCGCUGGCUGCGCGGGUGUGGGAGAGUCGCAUCAAGCUGUUGUGCUGCUGCAUCAUGCAGGAGGAAGACAACCGCGCAGCCUUCUCCAGCAUCGGCCACCUCUUCAGUGGCUUCUUCUCGGAUACUGACCUGGUUGCCAGUGAUAUCGCUGCCGGCCUGUCUCUCCUGCACCAGGAGCAGGACAAAGUGGAGAAGACCCGGGACCCAGAGGAGGUGGUGGUGUCCCCAAGCCCAGCCUCUCACAUGAGAGACGAUUUGGAUGUAGAGUUGGAGAAUGCUGCUCACUACAUGCAGUUUGCAGUGGCUGCCUACGGGUGGCCGAUGUUUGUGUUCAGCAACCCUCUGACUGGGGCCUGUAAGCUCAGUGGGGAUUGUUGCAGGAGCAGAUCUCCAGAGUACGAUAUUGUGGGCGGAGAUCACCUCGGCUGCCACUUCACAUCCAUGCUGUACACCACCGGCCUGCAGUACCGAGACUUCAUCUACAUCAGCUUUCACAACAAGAUCUACGAGAUCCCUUUCUUCGUGGCUCUGGAUCACAAGAAGGAGGCAGUGCUGGUUGCGGUCAGAGGAACUCUGUCUCUUAGGGAUGCUCUGACAGACCUGUCUGCUGACUGUGAAAACUUGCUUAUUGAAGGGGUUUCUGGACCCUGCUAUGCACAUAAGGGUAUCGUGCAAGCAGCCAACUACAUUUACAGGAAGCUUAUAAACGAUGGUAUUUUGAACCAGGCCUUCACCAUUGCUCCUGAGUACAAGCUGGUUAUCACUGGCCACAGUCUUGGAGCAGGGACGGCCGCGGUGCUUUCAGUCCUACUCAGGAGUGCCUUCCCUGGGCUGAAAUGUUAUGCCUUCUCUCCACCAGGGGGCCUGCUUAGCAAACCCCUUGCAGAUUACUCGAAAGAAUUCAUCGUGUCUGUUGUGGUUGGGAAGGACCUUGUUCCAAGGUUAAGUAUUCCCAAUAUGGAGGACCUCAAGAGAAGAAUACUCCGAAUGGUUGCAAACUGCAACAAACCAAAGUAUCAGAUCCUUUUGAGAGGCUGUUGGUACGAGGUGUUUGGUGGAAACCCAGACGACUUCCCCACAGAGCUGGAGAGCCGGAAUCAGGAUGACCUGAGCCUGCCGCUGCUGGCUGAACAGAGCUUCCUGGUGCAAAGGUCACCCUCCUACCACAGCCUGGUAUCCGAGGACUCCCCCUCUCACCUCCAGCACCCGCCUCUCUACCUGCCUGGACGAAUAUUACACAUAGUGGAGGAGAGCACAUCGAGGAGGUCCUGUUUUUCUGAAGUGAAGUAUCGUGCCGCGUGGUCGAGUGAAGCUUCGUUCUGCAGUGUUCUCAUCAGCCCCAAGAUGAUCACAGAUCACAUGCCUGACCUUGUCCUCAAAGCUCUGAACAGCCUGACACAGGACAGUCCCUUCAUUUUCUGUCCAACGCCUCGAAACAAUGCAAGCAAUUUAAAUGUGAUAUGAAUGCCAACAACUACUUUCUGCUGAAUUAUUUAUUGUUGUGGAUUCAGAUGUGUAUUUUCUUUUUAAAAUGUCUAUUUAAACUAAAGGGGGGAAUCAUAGCCUACAAACAGGUCUGCUUUUUUUAUUAGUUAUGCCCUCAUCUAUAUAUAUACACACAUACAGUACAAUUGAUUUAUUCAGUAAAAGCUUGUUUAUUCAGUAAAAUAAUGUACGGUAAUUGUAAAAAGUUUAGACAUUUUAUUUUAGGCAUACCGAUUUGGUUGACGUGCAGUGCAUAUUAAAUUAUAUCAUUUAUGAGAUGCAGGGCUA